GCGCAGCCUGGCCGCGGCUCCCGGCCUCCUGCGCUCAGCCCGGAGGAGGGGUCCCCAGCGCGCAUCCUCCCCCCUGCUCCCCGCCUCCCGGCCGGCUGCGGCAGGCUCCCGCCCCAGUGCCCGGCUGCCGCCAUGGCGCUGAGCAACCUGCUCUUCGCCCAGUGCGUCGGCUACUUCCUGGCCUUCCUCUGCAGCUUCGUGGUGGUGGUGCCGCUGUCCGAGAACAGCAACGACUGCCACGGCCGCUGCCUGCUCUUCACCGAGGGCAUGUGGCUCAGCGCCAACCUGACGGCGGAGCGGCAGCGCUUCACCGUGCAGGAGUGGGGGCCCCCGGCCGCCUGCCGCUUCAGCGUCUUCGCCGGGCUGCUCUCGCUGCUGCUGGCCGCCGCGCAGGCCUGGCGGACGCUCUUCUUCCUCUGCAAGGGCCACGAGGACUCUUUCUUUUAUGCCUUCCUGAAUCUGCUGAUCAGCGUCUUUGUGGUUUUUGUCAUCUUUAUUGCUAGCACUAUAGUGAGCGUAGGAUUUAACAUGUGGUGUGAUGCUGUUACCGAAAAAGGAAGCAUGCCAAAUAGCUGUGAAGAACUACAGGAUAUAGAUCUUGAACUGAAUUUAGAAACCUCUGCCUUCUAUGAUCAGUUUGCUAUUGCACAGUUUGGUCUCUGGGCUGCCUGGCUGACUUGGCUGGGAAUUACCAUUUUGGCCUUCCUGAAGGUUUAUCACAACUACAGGCAGGAAGAUCUGCUAGACAGCCUGAUCCAUGAGAAGGAGCUGCUGCUAGGACGAUCCUCUUCACGAACCUUUUUGCAGGAUGAGAAAAGUGGCAUGAUCUAAUGUGUAAGCCACUCGACGGUGCAGGUUGUAAAUUUUAUAAUUCAUUAUCACAAGCUGAAAUCAAGAGAAUUGGUGAGUGUGUGAAAUCAUUGCUUUCCUGAACUGAAAUUUAAUUUAGAAUUACAGUCCUUUAAUGAGAAAUUGUCAGAAGCCAUAUUUCUGUUAGGAUAUAGACAAUGAACUGUAUGAUACAAUAGACUUACUUUCCUGUACAUACUGGGAGCAGAACUAACUAUGCCUGUGUAUGAAGAUGGCUGUCGCUGUCAGGGUUCUAGCAUGCUUUUCCUGAUUAUUGAGGGAAGCGUGUUUUCUGAGAACUGUGGUAGCAAAACCUUGCUAAAGACCACCCCUGUAAUGUAGUUUGUAGCAUGAUUUUAACAUUGUUCUAGCUAGCACUGUUCUGACCUAUGUAUGGACAGGGCCUUUGCUACCCCAAAAUUUGUUGUAUACAUACAAAAUAUUGACAGCAAUUUUAUAAUCCCUGCUCCCAUUGAUUUGAUCACUUUAGAACAUAUGGAGCUGUGUACCUGACUAUAUACUUAAUGUUACAUAGAGUGAAAUUCAUACAAUGACAGGUUAUUACAGCAUCUUAAACAUACUGUAUAUUUUUGGAGGGAUCGUAGAGCCUAUUUAUAUUUAUGUUUCAUCUUAGACUUUGGCAUGGCAAGCAUUUAUUACUGCUUUGUAAAAUGUAGUCUAGCGGGCAGUAACUGCAGCUUGCAUAAUAAGAGAUUAAACUUAAUAUAUUAUAUUAAUGCUUGCUCAUUCAUAUAUGUAAUUUGAUCCCUAGUACUAUAUACUAUUCAACUUCGAGUAUUAGAGUUUACUUGUGCUAUUUAUCUCAAACAGGAUAUGUUAAAUUAUUAUAAAUAGCUGCAUAGACUGUAGAUGUAUGAAUGUCUCUAUCAGUAUAGUAAACUGUAAAAACUGCUCAGUAAUCAUAUAGCUGGUUCUUUUAUGAACUGGGCUAUUUUCCCCCGCAUUGGCCAGGGGCCUUUAAUAGCUGCUCCAAUACUCGGUAUUGCUACCGUGAAAAGGGAAAAGAGCCAUUUACUUUAUGAUGUCCACUAGGGACUUUGCUAUUGCUCUUGAUUUUACACAGAAAGUGCUCAGAUGCUAGGAUAAUGGGUGAGAUUAUAAAACCCUACAAUAUAUCAAACAAUUAGGAACAUAGAUAAUUCAAAGGGCAGUGGAAUUAUUAUGCUUAAGAAUGAAUGCCUUGCUAAUAUAUAGAGAGACAAGAUGGAUGAGGUAAUAUCUUUUAUUGGACCAACUUCUGUGGGUGAAGAGACAAGCUUUUGAGUUUACACAGAGCUCUUCUUCAGGUCUGAAAAAGCCUGAAGAAAAGCUCUGUGUAAGCUUGAAAGCUUGUUUCUCUCUCUUACCCACCUUGUCUUUCUAUUAUCCUGAGACCAGCAUGGCUACAAUAACACUGCAAACAAUAAUUGCUAGUAUAUAGGACUAUAGUCGUCAGGUACAAUAGGAAUCUGAGGCCCCAGUUUAGCAAAGUGCUUAAGCAAAUGCUUAAUUUUAAGCAUAUGAUUAAUCCCACUGACUUCUGAAAACUGUUGAAUCAAUCUGAAGGCACAAAAAUCACCCAGUUACAAUAGUUCUGUUGCACAGAUUUUGCUGUGUUUUUGAGCAUCUAAGAUUUUAUGUAUGGACUAACGGCCAAACGGUUCCCAUUUGUGGGAAAAACCUAUGUAGGGGAUGUGAAACUCUGUGAAUUGUUCAAUCAGGGGAGCUGGCUCUUGGAACCUGCACAUCAUAGAGUUCCAGACCAUUUCCAGAGGCCAGAUUGGUCUGCAAAGGGUUUCUAGAAACAAGGUCCAUCUACAUAGAGGACCUGUUUCCAUGCACUGGUUCCUACCCACAAAGGAGCAAAAUUCCUGCAAGACCCAUACUGCCAUGGCAUUCUCCAGCUGUGAAUUCACAUCAGAGGAGGGUUUUAAGAAGAUGGAGACCAAGUUAGUUAAUGCCAGUUUAAGGUUCAGCAUUAAGGCCCCCAUCCAGCAAGUUUCUUAAGCACAUGCCUAAUUUUAAGCAUGUGAUAAUAUCACUGACUUCCAUGGUGCUAUUCACAUGCUCAAAGUUAACUUAA